UUGUGACGUGUCACCAGCCCCUGUGUUUGGGAUGGAAGCCGGAAGUUGGGCGAUCUCGGAGGUCGAACACGAAAACUGUCCCGCAGCUUCCCGCUUUUAACUGCUCGAUAAGAAACGACAUAUUCGAAAAUUACACGUCGCAAUGUGAUUCAAAUUAUUCAGGACGUAAACAUCUGUCCACAGAGCUACAAUCGGGCGGAAGGCGGUGUACACCCUGGACAAGUCGCCAACUCAUCGCAGGGCCUUGGAUAUAAAUGUCAUGAGUCAUUCAAAUGAGGAUGCUGCUACGAAUGGCACCAUGCAGCAAAAGAGGAACAUCCAGAUCAUUGAGUGGGAGGACUUGGAUAAAAGGAAGUUCUAUUCUUUUGGGGUGUUCAUUACCUUGAGCAUCAGGGCCACGGUCUACCCGGCCACCUUGAUCCGGACUCGGCUUCAGGUGCAGAAGGGCAAAUCUCUCUACGGCGGCACCUUCGACGCCUUCAUCAAGAUCCUGCGGGCGGAGGGUGUUCGGGGCCUGUACCGUGGCUUCAUGUUGAACACCUUCACCAUCAUCUCUGGCCAGGCUUACAUAACCACCUACGAGCUGGUGAGGAAGUAUGUGUCCAACUAUUCUGACGACAACACAGUCAAGUCGCUGGUGGCGGGCGGCGCGGCGUCCUUGGUGGCCCAGAGCAUCACCGUGCCCAUUGACGUGGUGUCGCAGCAGCUGAUGAUGCAAGGCCAGGGGGAGCACCUCAGCCGCUUUCGCCUUCCUUCUAAAUCAGAGACCGGCAAGCCAAAAAUAGUGUUUGGCCAAACCAGAAGCAUUGUGACCCAAAUAUUUUCUGCUGAUGGUUUACCAGGUUUCUACAGGGGAGCCGUUGCUUCUUUACUUACCUACAUCCCAAAUAGCGCCGUCUGGUGGCCGUUCUACCAUUUUUAUGCUGAGCAGCUGUCAAACCUGGCCCCUUCUAACUGUCCUCAUAUUGUCCUCCAAGCCAUGGCUGGGCCACUCGCGGCCGCCACUGCCUCCACUGUCACCAACCCGAUGGAUGUUGUCAGAGCCAGGGUGCAGGUCGAAGGACGCACUUCAAUCAUCGACACAUUCAGGCAGCUGAUCAGGGACGAAGGGGCCUGGGGUAUGACCAAAGGACUGUCGGCCCGCAUCAUUUCUUCCACUCCCACCGCCAUCGUCAUGGUGGUCGGCUACGAGACCCUCAAAAAAGUGAGUUUGCGGCCUGAGCUGGUGGACUCCAGACACUGGUAGAUGCUACUUUGUCACCAGGACCACGUGCCAUGUGAGAAGAGAAGCUCCAUACAGGACACAAGAACAAAAGUACCUCAGUUUUUUUUAAAAGUACACCAAAAUAGACAAAUCAUGGCUGACUGAUUUUUGUUGUUGUUCGGAGAAUGUUUGUCUGCUGUACAUCAUCAAGAGAUCCAACAUCAGGUUAGAAGUACCACUACUACUACUACUUGUACUAUUUUGGGCUUUUUUUUAUUUUAUUGUUUUUGCCUUUAUGAAGUAACAUAUGUGAAAUAUAUCUGUUUUGUAGGUAUGUUGGGUAUGUGUUGUAAUUAAUAAUGGAUGACAAAAUGGCAAAUUCCAUGCAACAAAGCAAACCUAAGUACUGGAGGAACAACACCGUUGUAACAAUUGCAGUUUUGUUGUGUGUGUUGUACCCUUAAGAGCACAAACUGAAUCCGUACAUUUGUUUUUAAUAAUGUCUUACAAUUUAUUAUGCUUAGUGUUUUUAUUUGGUGUUGGUGUUUCUUUAUAAUAAGGGACAAGCGGUAGAAGAUGGAUGGAUGGAUGGAAUUAGUUUAGACAUCUAAAUUAAUGCCAUUGUCACCAUGAAUAAGGACAUUUUAUUGGUGGGACCUUGCUGCUUUUGUACAGUUUUUGCGGGGUAGUGUGGAAAUUUUAAUGCAAUAAAUUAGUACUAAUGAGUAAGAUAUAACCCAGGGGUCACCAACCAUUUUGAAUCCAAGAGCUACUUCUUGGGUACUGAUUAAUGCAAAGGGCUACCAGUUUGAUACACACUUAAAAAAAUUGCCAGAAAUAGCCAAUUUGCUCAAUUUAUCUUGAAUAUAUAUAUAUAUAUAUAUAUAUAUAUAUAUAUAUAAAUAUAUAUAUAUAUAUAUAUAUGAAAAUGGGUAUUUCUGUCGUGCAUUUUUUUUCCUUUUAUAGAAGGUUUUUUGUAGAGAAUAAAUGAUGAAAAAAACACUUAAUUGAAUGGUUCAAAAGAGGAGAAAACAGGAAAAAAAUGAAAAUUUAAUUUUGAAACAUAGUUUAUCUUCAAUUUCGACUCUUCAAAAUUCAACCGAAAAAAGGAGAGCAAAACUAGCUAAUUCGAAUCUUUUUGAACAAAUUAAGAAAAUAAUUUAUGGAACAUCAUUAGUAAUUUUUCCCGAUUAAGAUUAAUUUUAGAAUUUUGAUGACAUGUUUUAAAUAGGUUGAAAUCCAAUCUGCAUUUUGUUAGAAUAUAUAACAAAUUGGACCAAGCUAUAUUUCGAACAAAGACAAAUCAUUAUUACUUCUAGGUUUUCCAUAACAAAAAUUUUGAAAUAAAUUCAAAAGACUUUGAAAUAAGAUUUAAAUUUGGUUCUAAAGAUUUUCUAGAUUUGCCAGAAUAAUUCUUUUGAAUUUUAAUCAUCAUAAGUUUGAAGAAAUAUUUCACAAAUAUUCUUCGUUGAAAAAACAGAAGCCAAAAUGAGGAAUUAAAUUAAAAUUGUUUUAUUAUUCUUUACAAUGAAAAAAAUAAAUUUAAUUGAACAUUGAUAUAAAUUGUCAGGAAAGAAGAGGAAGGAAUUAAAAAGGUAUAUGUGUUUAUAAAUCCUAAAAUAAUUUAUAAGGUUGUAUUUUUUCUCUAAAAUAGUCUUUCUGAAAGUUAUAAGAAGCAAAGUAAAAAAAUAAAUGAAUUUAUUUAAACAAAUGAAGACCAAGUCUUUAAAAUAUUUUCUCGGAUUUUCAAAUUCUAUUUGAGUUUUGUCUCUCUUAGAAUUAAAAAUGUCGAGCAAAGCGAGACCAGCUUGCUAGUAAAAAAUAGAGGCAGCUGACUGGUAAGUGCUGCUAUUUGAGCUAUUUUUAGAACAGGCCAGCGGGCGACUCAUCUGGUCCUUAUGGGCUACCUGGUGCCCGCGGGCACCGCGUUGGUGACCCCUGAUAUAACCUAUAUUGGGGUAACACUUAUGGGGAUGCAGGGAUUUUAUCUGGACCUUGCUUAGAAAACUUACUGAAAUAAUGUGAAAACUACUUUAAGGAAUUAUGUUGAAAUGCAAUUUACAAGAACAUACAGUGGUACCUUGUUUUUUUUUACACCUUGCUUCUCAUACACAAAAACUUUGCCCAAAUCGUCGGUUAGCACACACAACCAAACAUUGUGUGGAAGUCAUUCAGCGGAAUCGAGUGCCAAAACAGAAGAGUCUCACGUGUCUGCGCUUUAUUUAAUUGAAUACAGCUGCAAAAUAGCAAGCAUGGAAUCAAAGAAAGUUUUCAGACCUUUGAUAAAGAAGGUGAGAAACAUUGGAGUGAUGCAAAAAAACUGGUGGCAUCUACUCAUCAGUGGUUUAUGGUAAAACUUAUUUUAAAUGUUGAUUUAACCAUGUAAUUAAUUAUUUCCAUGUUUUAUGCAUUGUUUUCAAUAGGUAAUAACCAUAUUUAUUAUAUCUAUAAGGUUUGUACAUUUUUGAGUGUCUGGAAUGAACUAUUGGAUUUAAAUUAUUUCUUAUGGGAAAUAUAGAUACCAGAUUCCAAAGGAAAAUUGAGGUAUCACUGUACUUUUAAAUGUUAAUCCUUUUGAGGCUUUGCGUGAACUAAUUGUGGGAUUUCACCAUGAGCAAUGUUGGAAAAAGAAUAUUUAAAGACAAAAUGCACAUGAAGCUAAGAACGGAUGUUAUAGCGACACUUACUAAGUCUUGCAGAUAUUUCAUUUGUACAGAUUUGCUGCGAACUGAAGAGAAAACUCCUAAAAUAUGUUGAACUCCUGAACCUGUCAUGUCUAAUCUUGCUUCAGAACUAAGCAGUUAAUAUCAUGCGUCAUGUCAUGUGACUUCCUGUCCAUGUUCAGCUCGUCAAUAAAACAUUUUAAUAUCUG